AUGGACUCGCUCGGCGGCUUGAGCGACACCCUGCCUCGAGGCUCGGCAAUGGAAGCGACCGAAAAGGAGCUACAGACCGCGUUUCGUCAAUCGGCUCUUGCGUUGACGGGCUUGUUCAAGGUUGGCAAGAAGGCGACUCGACGAGGUGAGCUUGGGCACUGCGUGUAUAAGUGGUGUCGACGCCGGUGCGACUCGCUUGGACCCCCUCCGGCCUUUGCUUGACGACCCACCGCGCAACGACGAUCACGACGCCACGACGAUACGGGAACUGACCGUCGUCUGCUCUCACCGAAUCACAGCCUACAGUGCGGGAAAGAAGGAGGCACUACAGGACGUGCUCGAGUUCCUGCAGGCCAGUCUCGACCACCCGCUCGUUCACGGCGAGUCAUCUUCCCUGUCCGGGCCACCCGGUCAGCUCAAUGUCGCACGUUUGAUCGACUACAUCUGCGUCAGUUCGCCACUUUAAGACCGUGUCGAAUAGUUCACAGAUUGCUCACACGAUCGAUGCUCGUCUACAGGCUAGGCAAGAGACGCUGCAGGCGGAGGAGGACGGCGAUCAGGACGAGGAGGAGGCGUCGUCCGCACCCGCACCCCAACACCCGACGAACCAGUCCACCUCGAACCAACACUCACGACCUUCGGCUGGAGGGGGCUCACGGUCCGCGUCGUCCCUGUUCGCGUCGCGCUCGUCCGCCGCAACCUCUACAGCCGCGUCGACAUCGGCGUCAACACCGGCACCGCUCCGGCCCCAUUCGGCCCCACCUUCGCGAUCGACCAUCGCCACCAGCCCCAUCGCCUCGACCUCAGCCCCUUCCUCCCCACCCCUUUCCACCUCGACGACCCCACAAUUCCGCAAUCACCCCGCCCCCUUCGCUGCCCAGCGACCGAGUCUCUUCUCCCAAUCGAGUGCCACCGCCAGCAACCCCUCCUCCCCCUUGGCCAGCGGAUCAAUGACACCGACAUCCACUUCCGGCUCGGGAUCGGGCACGGGCACACGGCGACGUUCCAACAUCGGUUCGGGCGCGAACCCGAACUCGGCGAGAAAGAACGCGAGCGGGAGAUCGUCAUCGUCGACAUCGGGGUCGCGUGACCGCAACCUCGAUGCCUCGGCCGGUUCCCCUUCGGCGUCAAGUUCGUCGGCCGUCGUUGAUGCCGCGUUGGGUUCUUCGGUUGGUGCGAUGAAACGAAGGUUCCACACCGUCUCGGUUGCCGAUCUCGUCGACUUGGAACGGCAGCAGGAGAGUGGCACGGCUGCAGUCGUCCUAGCAAAGCCAGCGGCGAGUGCAGAGGGAGGUGAACUCGAUGCUCAUCUAGGGGAUGGCUCGGAGGACAUUGACAUGGAGAUGGACGGGUGGGACGGUGUGGGGGAACGGCCUCCGAAGCGAGUACUAAGAAGCAGAUGA